AAUAAAAAAGAGGAGAGAUAGACGAUGUGAGUAGAGAAAAUGUUAUCAUCAUCAUCAGCAACAAAUGGUUUCAUCCCUUGUUCAAGUUCAAGUUCAAGUUCAAAGAGUAAGAAAAGGGUAUUCUUUUUAGACGUGAAUCCUCUAUGUUACGAAGGAAGUAAACCAAGCUUGAAGUGUUUUGGUAAGUGGCUAUCUCUUUUUCUGUCUCCUCAAGUGACUCACACACACCCAGUUGUUGCUGUUAUUGAUGGAGAAAGAGGCAGUCAACAUCGCAGAAACUUGAUUCCUUCUUAUAAAGCUAAUCGAUGCAGCAGCACAAGUUUUUCUAUUUCAACAUCACCAGGUCAUGUUGGGAGAUUCCAACCGCUUAUUACUCGUGUCCUUCAUAAAUGCAAUGUGCCGAAGAAAGCAGCAGAUGUAUCCCCUCAGCUCAAAGGAUCCUCCAUAUUUUUGGUUGGUAUGAAAAGCUCUCUUAAAACCAAUUUGGGAAAACUGCUGGCUGAUGAAUUGCGAUAUUAUUAUUUUGAUAGUGAUGAUUUGGUUGAAGAAGCUUUAGGCGGUGCAUCAGUUGCAAAAUCCAUCAAAGAGAGGGAUGAAUUGAGCUUCUUGGAAUCUGAGACUGAAGUACUUAAGCAAUUGUCAGCCAUGGGUCGACUAGUAGUUUGUGCUGGAAAUGGUGCUGUCCAAAAUUCAACUAAUCUGGCACUCCUGAGACAUGGGAUUACAUUGUGGAUAGAUUUGCCUUUAGACAUUGUGGCUAGGGAUGUAUCUGAAGAUCAGAUUCAAUUUUCUUCAGGAUCUUACCCAGAGGUAAUGGAUGAACUGGGUGCUCUAUACAAUAAGCACAAAGAUGGAUAUGCUACAGCUGAUGCAAUUAUUUCACUUCAAAAAGUAGCUUCUCAGUUGGGUUAUGAUAACUUAGAUGACGUUACAACCGAAGACAUGACUUUGGAGGUUAUUAUUUUGAGACUAAAGGACAUGCAUAGUCAGUGCUCUUGGAGAGAUUGAGAAGUUGACUAGAGUAAAGAAGAUGAUAGAAGAAGCUGCAAGACCAUUUUAACCAACCUGGGUUGGGCCAUGCUUCUAUUACCUGUUAUUAUGAAUUUCAAAAUUCCAAAAGUUUUUUGAAUUUACUAAUUUGUUUACAUUUGAUCUUUGUUUAUUUGGAUGAUGAUACUAGUUUAAUUUCAGAAAAUAUAAAAUUACUCAUUCAUGUACC